UAAUGGUGGUAACUGAUGUCAUGAAAAUAGACAAAGUAGAAUUAAAAACAUUGAGCUGGAGGCUGCUCUGACUGCUCUUUUCUCUGGGCAGGGAAGUUACAACCAGCAACAUGGCCUGUAUUUAUGGAGACAUUACCAAGAUCAGCACAACCGGAGCAUCUGAAAAAACAUCUAGGCAGGACAAGCUCACUGUCAAAGGGGUGGAAGCUUCAUAUAAACUGGCUGAGAAUGAUCUGAGGAAGAUGGAGCAGUACAAGAACGUUAUCAUCAAAGUUGGCAGAGCUAAGCAGAUGGACCCAGCUGUCAUCGCAGGCAUCAUAUCCAGAGAGUCCAGGGCUGGGUCAAUUCUUGUGAAUGGCUGGGGAGACCAUGGCAAUGGUUUUGGACUCAUGCAGGUUGAUAAGAACCACCACACUCCAAAGGGAGCCUGGAACAGCGAGGAACACCUCACCCAAGGCACCGAUAUUCUAAUACAAUCCAUUAAAGCAAUUCAAAAGAAAUUCCCCUGCUGGCCCAAAGAGCACCAAUUUAAAGGAGGAAUCGCAGCCUACAACCUUGGCCCAGGAAACGUCCGCACAUAUGAGCGCAUGGACAUCGGCAGCCCAGGAGAUGAUUAUUCAAGUGAUGUGGUGGCCAGGGCUCAGUUCUUUAAACGCAAUGUUGGUUUCUGCUGGAAAUUAGAAUAAGACCUUUCACAAAUA